AAAACAAUUAUCCCUCCAAUGUGAUGGCAAAUGGAAAGUAAAUUGAUGAACAGCAGUUGUAAAGAAAAUUAGUCAGCUAUUGGGGCUUGAGUGCUCAUCCAUUACAGCCUUUCUUAUAAAAGCCAAUUACCGCUGAAAAGCUUAUUUAAACGUGUGAUAAAUGUUUGAAUUGUGAAUGUUCAUCUUUUUUUUAUUUAUUUUUUUGUCCUGAGCUAAACUAACGGAUGCUGUGUUAAUAGGUAUUUUGCUUUAAAUUUAUUAGUUUAGACAUCUGUUUUGUUUUGGUAACUGUCUGCUUCAUUAGGGGCCAAUUGGUGGAUUUUCGUCCUCUUUCUCCAUUUUAGCAUUUCAGUACUGGUAAAUCAGACUAUUAAGAAACCACUUUUCAUGUUCUGAUGGGGACCAUAGCUGCAGAAGCGACAGAAACAUUGUGCAAACACAACGUUGCGCCUGGCGCAAACACGCAUCCAGCCCUCCCCAUUAGCACCCGAAUAGACGAUGAGCUGUCAUGUUGCAGCUCUUGAAGACGUACGUCAAUUUCCUUUAAUGUUCUCAACCACCCGUUAAACAUAAAGGUGGGUGGGUGAGGCUAUAUAAGACAGCCCUAAUCUCACGGGGAGAAGAAUUUGCCAUGAACGGGCUGAGAUGAUGCGCGCACUGAGAGCGCUGGCCAUUGCGUCGCUGCUGGCGCUGCUGGCUCACGGGACUCCGGACUCCAGUGGAUUUUUCAUGAAGUCGGCGGAACGCUCCUUAGCCCUGGACAGAUCGGUGGGAUAUCACCUGCCAACGUACAUGAUCAAUCUCUACAGGAACUUCAAGUCAAAUCUAUCCAGGCCUUUGGAUAAUUUGGAGCGCAAGCGCGCAGACACAGUGAAGAGCCUGGUGGCAAAAAAUCUGAAAUACAGACGUGGACGCUGGGUGGCAACUUUUGACCUUCGUGCCUUGCUCACUGACAUCCACAUCCAGGCAGCGGAGCUGAGAAUCAAAGUUCCUCUGGCCAUGAAUGCCUCCAACAUCACAGUGGAGGUGCAUCACCAGAGGAAGCAGCUGGUGGGGGUGCUCUCUCAAUCGUCCCUAGUUACUUCAUCACACAGCUGGAAGGUGUUCAACAUCACCAAUCCUCUGCUGGGCUGGCUCAGGGGGAAUUCCAGAACUGGUGACCGACCCAAACGUGUCUCCAGACGGAGGAAGGAGGAGAAGAAAAAAAGAGGAUCGCCUGUUCUGGAUCGGCCGGUUUAUGUUGCAAGCGCAAGAAAGGAGCUCCUCAAGAGUGACCAGGCCUUGCUGGUUGUCUUCUCACACACGGGGUCUGAUGGGAACUCAAAGGCCAAAGCGAGCCUGCUCCACACAGCUGAACAAUCCAAGUUUUUGUCCCCCGCUGAAAUCAAAAGGGUCCAAGGCCUGAAGAGGCGUCGGAGCAAGCGAGGACACAGAGAACAAACAGCAAUCUCGCAUGUGUUCAGGAGAGGGGGAGAAAAAUCUCUCUGUCGCAGAGUGGACCUGUACGUCGACUUUAUUCAAAUUGGAUGGGGUUCUUGGAUCAUCUUUCCUAAAAAAUACAACGCCUUCCGCUGUGAAGGCUCCUGCCCUGGUCCAUUAGGAGAAGACCUAAAUCCAACCAAUCAUGCUUACAUGCAGAGUCUUUUGAAGCAUUAUCAUCCAGAGCGCGUGGCAGCGGCAUGCUGCGCCCCCACCAAAAUGAGCCCCCUCAGUAUGCUGUACUAUGAGAAUGGAGAAAUGCUUCUUCGUCAUCAUGAAGACAUGAUCGUGGACGAAUGUGGCUGCCAGUGACCACAGCGACAAAUGUCGGUGUUAUGGAGCACCAUUUAGGCACAGGCAGGUAGCCAUACUGAAAGAAGAUAAACGAUUUCGGAAUAACAGGGCCAAAAAAAAAGACACUUAACCAGAAAAAAAAAGCUCUUUGAUGUUUGUCAGUGUGCACUAUUAAUUUGCAUCUGAUCCACAUGCAGACACUUUAUUAUUGGUUCUGGUUAAUAGGAAGACCAAUGUUGGUAUGAGAUUUGCUGAAAUACAAUCUAAAAUUUAGCUACUGUCACAAUAAAUGCAGGGUUAGUUUGCUGUCCCUCACCAAGAUAUAGGUACAAAGGAAAUUGCAAUGUUCUUGAAUAUUUCAGCACUAUUCUAUUGUGUAAUGCAAAAUUUGUCACUGGGAACUAAUGUGUAUUUAUUGUAAAUAAAAAAUUAUUUAUGUCUA